UCCUGAUGCCCUGAUGGGGUGUAAUAAUUUUGUUAGGUUAGAAAACAGCUCCGUGUUGCUUAUCGGAAAGAAAGGAGCAUAAUCAUAACUGAAAAGUGAAUAACAAUUCACGCUUAAAUGGCAUUUAUGACGGGUUUGGGACAUAAUAUCCCGUAUCUGCGGCAGCAGUUCGUUGCACUUCUUGGAAAUACCAGUGCUAGUGUGAAAGUUAUCUGUAUAAUUGUACUUUUAUCGUAUUGUUUGUCUUACAUAGACCAAGCAGUACUAACUCUAAGUGUCACACCAGGCUAUUUAUUACCUUCUGUCUUUUGGAUAUGGACAGCACUUACAUUUUGUUUUUUGGAAAUACAUUUUUGGGAGGUAUGCGCUGACAUUAUCACGGUUGGACUAUGCGGUAAAUUGAUUGAACCUCUGUGGGGUGCUAUGGAAAUGAUGACUUUCUUUGCGAUUGUCAAUAUUGGCGUUGCCAUUCUAUCGGCAAUGUUUUAUUUGUUUCUCUUCAUGUGCACUGACGAUCCAAGUUUUUUGUUUGAAAUUCAUAUUCAUGGACUUACGGGAUACAUAGCUGGAGUCAGUGUUGCGGUCAAACAGAUAAUGCCCGAUCAUAUUCUCGCAAAAACUCCGGUGGGAAAAAUCACAAAUAGAAAUGUUCCAUUGACGGUCUGGAUUCUACUCUUAUUACUAUGGAUUGUUGGUUUGUUAGAAGGAACCCAGCCGACCAUGUUUCUGAGUGGUUUGUUUGUCUCAUGGACUUAUUUGAGGUUUUAUCAGAAGCAUUCAAAUGGAACAAAAGGGGAUAUGACUGACAACUUUACAUUUGCUAGUUUUUUCCCGAACGUUUUACAACCACCAGUAGCUAUCGUGAGUAAUACACUACACAAUUUGUUUGUUCGUAUUGGUUUAUGCAAGAAGGUCGUUCGAAGAUUUGAUAUGUCCAACGCACCACCAGGGCUGGUCAUCAGUUUACCUGGAAUCGAUCCUCAGGACAGUGAAAGACGAAGACAAAUAGCACUGAAAGCAUUGAGCGAACGGUUGAGUAAAGACCAUGCAAGGCCUUGGCAACAGGAUAAACAUAAAAAACACUCAUCAACGUCUGCAGUGGUAUCUGUGUCAAUACCAGAAUCAGCACUUCCAAAACCUGUCCCGUCUCCACUUAUACCGCAACUCAACUUGAAUAUUCAGAAUCAAACUUUUGGGAAUAUGUGAUGAGAAUCGCUUGCAUACGAAAGUGAAGAAUGAUUGAUGCAUCCUGUAAUUGAAACCAAAACACGAAAAAACUUGGAAAAAGUGUUUGUUCCUUAAUAUUAUCAGUUUCCGAUUAAUGUUAAUGCAAACUUGGUUCCUUUGGAAAGAAAGACUUCUGUAUCCGUAGUUAUCAACAGAUUGUACUUUUUUUUAGGUGAAUACAACGUCUACAGGCAGAAUGCCUUGUACUUUCGUGAUAUCCAGACGUAUCCUGAAAAAAAGGCAUGUAUCAGGAAAAUGAUUUAAAAAGCUCUAUUUCGGAAGUCAAAUGCAACAACAUCUAACUCAGUAUUUUGAUUCAAAAAGACCCAACUCCAUUCCUCCCACAUGAAAGUACUAUCUCAGCGGUACUAUCUCAGCGGAAAUUUGAAAAGGUAUGGCUCAGGCAAAAGACAUUCAGUAAGCUAUGAAAUUUAAUAUCAUAAUGAAGUUUGUGUAUGUGCAGAAUAUAUGACAUAGCCUACGAUCAUUCUUUUCUUCCACCAGAGAAUGCUUUCUUGUGAAAGAAUUGAGUUCAACUUUUUUAAACCACAACAUUGAGUUACAUUUUUCAAAUUGAUUUGCGAGAUAGAGCUUUUGAAAUUAUGCUGCCGAGGUAUUUCGUUACUUCUAAGAGACGUCGAUUUAUUAUGUGAAAUAAUAAAAACAGAUGGAAUUUCUCUAUUACUUUUUUGAGGUGAAUUAAAAUAUGUUUAGAAUGUUAUUUUACUUGUGACAAUGAAUGAGAUGUAAAUAUUUCAUAUGGAUAUGUAAUCUUAUUGUACAGAAAUUUAAGAAGAAAAAAUCACCAAAUUUGUCA